AUAUUACAUAUUAAGAAUUACAAACAAUAAACCCGGCAAAAAAUUAAAAAAUAUAAAGUGAAUCUAAUCAAAUAAGACAAAUUUAAAAUUUUAAGAAUCACAAUUAGGAAAAGUAUCAAGCUCAAACUCAGAAUAAUUCAAGUCUAAGUAGCUAUAUGGAAUCCUAAUCAAGUGUAAGGUGCUCAUUUUAUAAAAAAGAAUAAAAUCUAAUACAUAAGAACUUAGAAAUAUAUAAUAUAUUAACCAACAAGAAUAACUGCUUAAGAUUUUUAAAUGAUAAAUCUUUAUUAUUGAAUGCUAACUGUGAGAACAGCCAUAACUAAUAAUACAAAGAUAAAUUAAAAAAUAACUAAAAGAUUUCAAGUAAUAAAGUUUUCUAUUUAUUAUUGAGACUUUAUUAAUGCAUAACAAGCUAAAGACUAAGAGAAAAAAUCAGUGUUAUUCAACCUUUCUAUCCUUUUCAUAAAUUUAAAGUUAUGUGGGAUGUCUUAAACUUAAUUGCAAAUGUUUAUUUCUUUAUUUUUAUUCCUUUAAAAAUAACUUAUAAUCUAAAAAUGCACCAGAAUUAAUAUUCUAUUAUAUUUUCGUUAAUUUUAGCUACAGAUAUUUUUAUCAAUUUCAAUACUUCUUAUUAUUCCAAAGGUUUAUUGAUUACAGAUAGAACAUAAAUAUGCUAUAAAUACUUCAAAAAGCGUUUUUUUUUGGAUUUGAUUGCAAUUAUUCCCCUUUUUACAACUGAUGAAUUCCGCAUAGCUCCUUAUUCAGAAGAUUAAUUAGAUAAUUAAAAUAUAUCAGAAUCUUAAAGUAUAUUUUAUUUACUUUUUUUUAUCCGCCUUCCUUUUUUAUCAGACCUAAAAAAGCGUUUAGAAUAAAAGCUUUUUUUUUAAAGAAAAAUGAUGUAUAUAAUAUCUUUAACUGACCUUUUGACUACUGUACUUUUUUUGGCACAUAUAUUCACUUGCAUACAAGUAAAGAUUGCCUUAGUAAGGUAAGGAGAAGGAGACCCUAAUACUUGGAUUAAUUAACUUUUUCCAGGAAUAACAAAUAUUUACAAAUAAUAUUUAUAUGCUUAUUAUUUUGUUACCAUGACUAUGACUACUGUAGGAUAUGGAGAUGUUCAUCCUUACAAUGAUCUCGAAUAUUUUACUACUAUAUGUAUGAUGUAUGUUAGUUCUGGAAUAUUUGCAUAUACUGUUGGAUAAAUAAUUAACAAAUAAGGAAAUAAUAAAUGA